AAGAACUGAUGUUGUAAAAAAAAAUUGUCAAAAAUAUCUACAUGUUGUUUUUCAAACUAUUCUUGCUGCACUUGGUGGCAUAGCAACUUUGCCAAUAGGCGGCGAACUUAUCGGGCAGGAUAGACCAAUAAUUUGUAAUACACAGCAUAUUAACUUCGAGAGUUCGUUGUUUCGAGCUAGUUCUCUGGGACUUCGAAGUUCGCCGGGAUUCGCAAAUACUUAUCUAUUCAACCAACGCGCACAAUAGUCUAUUGUCCUCUUUUUGUUGGGGUUAAGACGAAGCCAUGAAUUUUUUUCAAAAAAUGGCACGAAAGGGGAAAGAUGUGGCUUUUCGCAGAUCUCCAACCGAAAUUUUGAUCCGAGACAUGACGAACAACGAGCAAUGGGGUCCCACGGGGACGGAUCUGCGUCGAAUAGCUUAUCUGACGUAUUCUCCUAGUGCAUAUGAUGAGAUUAUGAGUGUAUUAUGGGAGAGAAUUGAGGAUUAUGGGAAGAACUGGAGACACAUAUACAAGGCUUUGCUGGUACUUGAUUUCUUGUUGAAAAAUGGCUGCGAUAGAGUUAUAAGUCAAGUCCAAUGUAACCAAGUGAUUAUUAAGACGCUUGAGUAUUUUUCCUUCAUAGAAGACGACGAAGAUGUGGGUUUUUCAAUAAGGCAACGCGCCAGCAGAAUCAUCGAGCUGCUUCAGGAUCCAAAAAAACUGGCCGAGGAACGUGAGUUGGCAGCAAGAAACAGAGAGAAAUUCUCGCAACAGAUGUAUACCAACAAGAACCAAGCGCCUGAUGGACAAAUAAUGAUUCAAAACUAUCCGCAGGAAAACCGCUACGUUUAUCCAGGGUUGGCGGAACCUUCAGGCCAAAAGUUCCCUGACGAGGGGUAUCUAAACGUCCGGGGCAAUCCGUACGACAAUGUUUCUAGUGUCUUGAAAAACAGCGAACGUUAUGGUAGCCAAAAAGUUAAAAAUAGCUUGGGAAAAGUUGGGAGUCAAGAUAGUAUAUCAGCAAAGGAUGAUGAUGUGGUAGCAGAUCUACAGAAAGUGAGCAAAGAGACAAAAGAGACAGCUCAAAUUCAAGACAUGUUCGAUGAACUCUUGAAGGUCAACAAUACACCUGCACAAACGACAUCUGAAAACUUUCAACAAAUGAAUUCAGGGUUUGGAGCGAAUGCUGCAGUGAACCCUGUAUUUGAAGGUAUGAGCCAGAACGUGAAUAUGAACAAAGCCUAUGGAAAUUAUAACUUUAAUACUGGCCAUACUAAUUUACAGUCAAGCAACCCAUUUUCCCAGCCUUCAGCAUCUUCGACUCAAAAUCAAUUAUACCAGCCUUCGCUACAGCGGGUGCAGAUGAACAAUUCAUAUCAACUGGAUUCUUCUGGCUACUCAGAGUUUCAAUCAAGUGCAUCUACUGCAAACAAUGCAAUAUUUUUCAACCAAUCCUCUUCUUCACUAGCGGAGAACGUGGGCCAAUCCUUCUUUCAGGGCGCUCUGCCCGAUCAACGAAAUCCAGGAAGCGCAUCCGCAGUACCUCCCGUUGUGCCCAGCACCGAAAACUUCGAUCCCUGGAAAACAAGCUCUAUAGAUUUGAGCUUUUUGGACGUUAAGAAUAGAUCCAUCAAGCCUAAUCCCUCUAACAUAGCGCAAGAAUAGUAUCACCCUCUAUGCGCCUGUAUAAAGGUGUGUAUGUACGCGUUUUUUGUUAGUUCCCUCUGCAUUUCUGCGAAUACAUUAUAAAAUAACACGAUGUUGAGUUUAGAUGAACUCAACAAUUUAAGAUUACGUCGACGAUCAUACCUUGUAUCAAUGGACAAGCCUGUACUCGAUUGUCCUGUAAUUACGAGGCUGUAUAUAAUUGUACGAGCACGCAAUGGUCCAAGUGAAUGCACCAUAAAAGAUGCAAAUUUUUUUUAUUUAACAAAAA